AGGCUACUUCAUGCUAUUUGAUUGAUUAUGACGAAUUUACAGAUUUUGUAAAUAUAAGCAGAAAAGUGGAUAAAUGUAAAUGGAGGAAAUGCGAUCUUUUCAACCUUCAAAUUAUUCAAGAG